AUGUCAAUUUUUAUUGAAAGUAUUCCAUUUCCCAUAAUAUUUUUUUGCGCAAUUACAAUGGUUAAAUACGUCAAUUCACAUACUGGACUUGAUGUGAAGAUGAAAAAACUGUUUAGACAAUUAACAAAAACAUUAAUAAUUCUGGUAUGCUGUUGUUCCAUUCAUAAAACAAGCAGCAAUGUUAAUACUUAUAUAUUAUGA